AUGACAGUAUCCAAGCAUCUCACUUUCAUUUUUCUCUUAGCCUUGUCCUUCUUGACCAAUGAAGUCAAUGGGUUUGGCUUCGCCGAGCUCUUCGUCGGGACAGGCUUCAGCAGUGAUGACAGCGCAUCACUCGACAACGUACUCUGCGGAACAGGCGAAACCUUUGUGGGCAUUCAAACUCUCUGUGACAUGGCAACAGGCUUCAUCGAUUCACAGGCAAGCACCGAGAAUGUGGACGUAUUCGAAGAUGCUGUAGCGACCGUUGCGCCCACCUUGGUUGAGACUGAAGGCGAUGGAGACGAAUUCGCCGCCGACAACGACGGCGACAGACGUGCGGGAAAGCAAAAGCCUUCAGACGAUGAGGUGAGAAAGACUCGAGGACUUCGUGGCAGGACAAACUGA